AGCUUCAAAAUUAUACUCGAUAUGGAUAUGACCUCUACAGCCGAAGCUGCUGCGCGCAGCUGGUAUGAUAAUCCCCGCCUUGUUGGCGGUGGUGGUUCACCUCAAACAAAUGGUUUGGGCUCAUCGGCCGGUGGUUUGGGCCAUCAUGGCCUUACGGCCGGUUUGGGUUCAACAGCCGGCGGCAGUAUGGGUUUGGGUGGCAGCGGUACAGCUGGUUCGACCAGCGGUCUGGGUUUAGAUACCUCCGAUAUGGGUGCAUUUUAUGCACUGGAAAGUAAUGGUCAUCAUCGUAGAUAUUAUCCCAGCUAUCAUCAACAUGCAUCCCGUAUGCCCUCCUCACACACAUCACCGCAAAUGUGUCGGCCUCACUUCCAUACGCCUCUUAGCUCAUGGCUUACCAGCGAACAUAAAUCAUUUGCACCCGCCAGUCCAUGGGGCAGUCCGUUUGCCUGUCCCCAAGAGCCCCAGGUCGAUCACAAGCUAAGUCAGGUGGGGCAAACGCAUCAGACGACAUCGACCGGCCAGCAUUCAUUUCCAUUUCCUCCCACACCGCCAAAGGAUUCAACGCCCGAUUCAGUACAAACCGGUCCAUCCGAAUAUCAGGCUGUGGUAAAUGCCUUCAUGCAUCAGGCCCAGGCAACGGGUAGCAGUUCCCUGCCCGAUACCAGCUGUGCUUUGGACAUCAAACCCACCAUACAAAAUGGUAGCAGUUCAUCGCUGCACAAUGGUGGCGGCAGUGGUGGCGCAGGAGCUGGUGGACAAUCCUCAGCACCUAAACAACGUGAAGGUACUACAGCCACAAAUAGCAAUAGCAACAACAACAAUAAUAACAGUACAACAAAUAAUAAUAAUGCCAACAAUACACAACACAACAGCAACAAUCAAACGCAUAACUCUGCCUCAGCCACCUCAACGGUGGGUGGAGGAGCCUCCGUAUCAAGCAGCAGUAAUGCUCUGCUCAAUGGCCUUGGCAAUGCUGCCGGUAGCCUAUUCGAUGGUACGGCCCAAGCCUCCUAUGGUAGCUCAAUGGGUCUUAGCAAUGGCACGAAUGUCAAUUCCGCUGCCAAUAGUUAUGAUGGCACCUAUGCCUCCUAUGCUGCCCAUCAUCAUGCCCAGCAACAAGUGGCGGCGGCCGCUAUGUUCCAAUCGUCCUCAAUGGCAGCGGCAGCAGCUGCCCGCCAUCAUCAUCAUCACAGUCAUGGUCAUCAUAUGCAUCAUCAUGGUGGUGCUGGUGGUGGUAUGGGUUCUAUGGGUGGAGGUCUUGGCGGAGGUGCUGGUGGUAGUAGUCAUAACAUGAGUGGUUCUUCGCUAUUGGGCAAUAUGGGUCAGAGUGGUGGUGGCGGGGGCUCCAGUGGUAGCGGUGAUAUUAAGCCGGCCCGUACAAAACCUAGGACAAGUGCUGAAGGCCGUGAAUGUGUCAACUGUGGUGCCACCUCAACGCCACUGUGGCGACGUGACGGUACCGGCCAUUAUUUGUGCAAUGCCUGUGGUUUAUAUUAUAAAAUGAAUGGACAGAAUCGACCAUUAAUUAAGCCAAAACGAAGACUGACACUGCAGUCGCUACAAAGUGCGGCCAAACGUGCGGGGACCUCAUGUGCCAAUUGCAAAACCACAACAACAACCCUUUGGCGGCGGAAUGCAAGUGGUGAACCAGUGUGUAAUGCCUGCGGACUCUAUUAUAAAUUGCACAAUGUUAACCGCCCUCUAACCAUGAAAAAAGAAGGCAUUCAAACCCGCAAUCGUAAAUUAUCAUCGAAAUCGAAAAAGAAGAAGGGCCUGGGUGGCGGUUGUAUGCCACUGGGCGGCCAUUUGGGUAUGGGCGAUUUUAAGCCAUUGGAUCCAUCGAAAGGUUUUGGCGGUGGAUUCUCAGCGUCAAUGGCCCAACAUUCCCAUCUUUCCAGUGGUUUACAUCCAGCUCAUGCGCACAUGCAUGGCGGUUGGUAUACUGGCGGCAUGGGCGCUUUGGGUGCUUCCAGUGGUCUGCAAGGUGGCUUCUCAACGGCCGGUUCAUUGGGUGGUGGUGUUGUGCCCCACUCGCAGCCCUACCAUUUGGGUUUGGGUUCAAUGGGCACCUGGCGUACAGACUACACGUGAUGGAGUGGCAAUAAUAUAAAUGGCAAUUUAUUCAAUUGAAAUUGGCCAUAAUGA